AUGAUCAUCAAAUUCGAGACCAAGAGCCAACGUGUAAAAGGUUUAAGUUUCCACCCAAAGCGAUCGUGGAUCUUGGCCAGCUUGCACACUGGUGCUAUUCAAUUGUGGGAUUAUAGAAUGGGUACCAUGAUUGACUCGUAUCUUGAACAUGAAGGACCGGUUAGAGGAUUGGACUUCCAUAGUACUCAACCACUUUUUGUCAGUGGUGGUGAUGAUUAUAAAAUCAAAGUUUGGAAUUAUAAAUUAAGAAGAUGUUUAUUUACACUCACAGGACAUUACGAUUACGUUAGAACUGUAGAAUUCCACCGCGAACAACCUUGGAUUAUUUCUGCUUCUGAUGACCAAACUAUUCGUAUUUGGAAUUGGCAAUCACGUACUUGUAUUUCAGUCUUACCUGGACAUAAUCACUAUGUUAUGAGUGCAUCAUUCCAUCCAAAACAAGACCUUGUUGUUUCCGCUUCUUUGGAUCAAUCUAUCAGAGUUUGGGAUAUUUCAGCACUUAAACAAAAGAAUGCUAAUGUUGGAAUGAGCCCAGGAGAUGAAUUCCUCAAGUUAACACAAUUGAAUCAAGAAUUCUUUAACUCUGGAGAUGCUAUGGUUAAAUAUGUUCUUGAUGGACACGAUAGAGGUGUAAACUAUGCUGUUUUCCAUCCAAAAACUGACAUGAUUGUUUCUGCUUCUGAUGACAGAACUGUAAGAACUUGGAAAGUUAGUGAUCAAAGAGCUUGGGCUGUUGAUACAUUCUCAGGACAUGGUCACAAUGUUUCUUGUGCAGUUUUCCAUGAAAAGAAGGAUAUGAUUAUUUCUGCCAGUGAGGAUAAAACUCUCCGAUUUUAUGAUAUUGGAAAAUCACAAUUCAUUAGAAGUUAUAAGAGAGAAUAUGAAAGAUUCUGGGUUUUGGAUGUUCACCCAACUCAAAAUCUUAUUGCUGCUGGUCAUGAUGGUGGUCUUAUUGUUUUCAAAUUGGAAAGAGAAAGACCAGCUUUCACUGCUUCCAAGAAUUGUCUCAUGUAUAUGAAGGAAAAGAAUUUGAGAGUUGUUAAAGGUGGCAAGGAUGCUCCAGCUGCUGUUUUGAGAAAAUCAUGGUCAGGAUCAACAAGAAAUCUUUGUAUUGACCCAACCAACACUUAUGGAAUUCUCACAUCAGAUCAUGAUGGUGGUUCUUAUGAAUUGUUUGAAAUUAAAAAGGGACCAACUGAUGAAGUUCCAAUUAGAAACCCAAUUAGAAAAGGAAAGGCCCUCUUUGCUGCUUUUGUUGGUUUACAAAAGUUUGCUACUUUAGAUCCAAAGGAUAGAAAGAUUUUCAUUCACAGUACACAAUCUGACAGAUCUAAGGAACUUCCAAUUACUGUCGGACCAAUUAAGAGAAUUUUCCCAGCAGUUUCUGGUAGAUUGAUCUUUACAACUGAUGAUAGAGUUCAUUUGUAUGAUUUGGAACAACAAAAGAUUGUUUCCAGCCAUGCUUCAGCUGGUAUCAAGUUUGUUGUUUGGUCUGAUGAUAACUCUAAAGUUGCUUUACUCGGAAAACACUUGGUUGUUGUAUGUGAUAGUAACUUGCAGCCUUUCUGCACAACUGUUGAAACCAUUCGUAUUAAGAGUGGUGCCUUCGAUAAGGAUGGUGUUUUCAUUUAUACUACAUUGAAUCACAUGAAGUAUUGUUUGGCAUCAGGUGAUUUUGGUACAAUCAAGACUUUGGAUCUCCCAAUUUAUAUUGCCCAUAUUGAAAAUAAUAAUGUUACAAUUAUUGAUAGAGAAGGUACUGUCAAGGUUAUCACUAUUGAUGCAACUGAAUACAGAUUCAAACUUGCCUUAUCUCAAGGAAGAACUGGUGACAUUAAGAAGAUUAUUGGUGAAGCCAAGAUUCUUGGAGAUUCCAUUAUUGCUUACCUCCAACAAAAGGGUUAUCCUGAAAUUGCUCUCAAAUUUGUUGAAGAUGAAAGUACCAAAUUCAAUCUUGCCCUUGAAUGUGGUGAUAUCAAGACUGCCUCUGAAGUUGCCCAAAAGUUGGACAAGAAGGAAUGUUGGAACAGUUUGGGAUUGGAAGCUUUGAACCAAGGUGAUGUUUCUGCUGUCGAAAAGGCUUAUCAAAGAACAAAGAAUGUCGAAAGACUCUCCUUCUUGCACAGUGUUACUGGUAAUCAAGAAAGUCUCAAAUUGAUGCUCAAGAUUGCCAACAGCAGAAAUGAUGUAAUGUCCAGAUUCCACAAUGCUCUCUUCCUUGGUGACGUUGAAGAAAGAGUUAAGGUUCUUCAAAGUGUUGGCCAAAGUGCAUUGGCUUAUAUGACUGCCAAGAAUCACGGUUUGGAUGCUCUUGCUGAAGAAGUCAAAAAAUCCCUCUCAGAAGAUUUCAAGAUGCCAGAAUUCAACUUUAAGCCUUCCCUCUUCCUUCCUCCUGUACCAAUCAAUGCUGGUGGUAACUGGCCUCUUUUACAUACUCAAGAAAUUGAUUAUGGUGAUGUUGGUCAAUCUUUGGGUGAAAUUGAUGAACUUGAAUUUGACCAAUUCGGUGAUAGUAUUGAAAUUCCAGGAAUGGAACAAGCCACAACAAGCAAGAAAUCUGUUCCUCCACCAUCAGACUUGGAUGAAAUGGGUGAGGAUCAAAUCAAUGUUGAUGACUAUGAUCUCAUUGAUAUUCCUGCUGAUGCUCAAAUUUCCACAUCUCAAUCAAGCAAUUUUGUUCCUCCAAAUGCUGGAAGAAACGUUUUGGAUAUGUGGCCAGUCAAUUCUCAAUUCCCAGGUAAUCACAUUGCAGCUGGUUCAUUUGAUUCUGCCAUUGAAAUUCUCCAAAAGGCUGUUGGUAUCAAGAAUUUUGCUCCUCUCAAAGAAUUAUUCCUCUCUAUUUAUGCUGGUUCUAAUCUUUUAAUGCCUUCUCCAUCAUGUCAACCAAGUAUUCCAUUAGCACUUCAAGCUGGUAAAUCAGAAAAUGAGAGAUCCAGAGAGAAUACCCUUCCUAAACUUGCAGUGCCAACACUUUCUGAGUUGCAAUUAAAGUUGAAGGACGCUCUCAAUGCCUUAUCGAAUCAAAAUACAAUCAAGAAUGGUUUGGACAUGUUACGUGAAAUUAUGAGACAAUUAUUGUUCCUUCCAAUCUUAUCAAAGAAGGAUGAAAGAGAAUUCAAGGAAACUUUAUCUACUUGUUGUGAAUACGUCAGUGCUUUCAGAAUGGAAUUAGACAGAAAGGAUAUUAUGACCACUGAUUCAAAGAGAGCAGCCGAACUUGCAGCUUAUUUCACUAGAUGUAAAUUGAGAAAUAAUCACAUCAUGUUAGGUUUGAAUUCUGCCAUGGCUAUUUGCUUCAAACUUGAAAACUUUGUAACAGCAGCUACAUUUGCUAAUAGAUUGCUUAAGAUGGGACCUCCAGAAAAGAUCCAAAAGCAAGCAGCCUAUGUGGCCCAACAAAAGGAAAGCAAACCUACCGACAAGAUUGAAUUGAAUUAUGACGAUAGAAAUCCAUUUGUUGUUUGUAAUAUUUCACACACUCCAAUUUAUCAAGGAAGUGACAAGAUUGCUUGCUCAUAUUGUGGAGCUGCUUAUUUACCAAGAUAUGAUGGUGAAUUGUGUACUAUUUGUGAGAUGGGUACGAUAGGCAAGAAAUUGAUUGGCCUCUAUGCUUAUGCCAACGCUUUCAAGAAUACCCCAAUGGACGAAGAAGAAGAACUUUAAAUAAAUUACUAAAAUCUUAAUUAUCCUUAGGU